ACUCACUCACUAUAAAUCUUCUCUUCACUUUCUCCGCGCCUCCUUAGCCUUUGCUCUUGGGGGUGCUACAUACUACAGACUACACCCAUCUAUCAAUAUUCCUUCCCCUUUUUUUUCUCCUCUUCUUUCUCUCUCUACAAUCUCCAAACACCCCCUCUUUCUCUCUCUAGAAUUACAUACAUAUCGUACAUCAUCAUCAUCAUCAUCAUCAUCAUAUUCAUUACCAUCACCAUCAUCAUCAUCUUUUUCUUUGCAAAGUUUUCCGUUCAAAUCUGGUGAAAGCUGCUGAUCGAUCAUACAAAAAAACAGCUACUUUGUUUAGCUCUAGCUGUUGCUGAAGAAAGAGUUCCAAAAACAAGAAAAAUCCUCUUCUUACAUCAAAUCUUCUUUUAAAAGUCUGUCUGAAGGAUUAAAUUUCACAAGAAUCAAAUUACAAACUGCAAGAUAUGGCAUCGUCGUCGAAUUCGCCGUGUGCGGCGUGCAAGUUUCUAAGGAGAAAGUGUCAACCAGAAUGUGUUUUUGCACCAUACUUCCCACCAGACCAACCUCAAAAGUUCGCAAACGUGCAUAAAGUGUUUGGUGCUAGCAACGUGACCAAACUUCUUAACGAGCUCCACCCUCACCAGAGGGAAGACGCCGUAAACUCAUUAGCUUACGAGGCAGACAUGCGUCUUCGAGAUCCAGUCUACGGCUGUGUAGGAGUCAUUUCAUUACUGCAACAUCAACUUCGUCAGCUACAAAUGGACUUAUCAUGUGCUCGUACUGAGCUAUCUAAGUACCAAAACUUCACAUUCCCUACCCCCGCUACAAAUAAUUGUAGCGGAGGUGGGAUUUUAGCGGCUUCUGCUGUGGCGAGCACUGCUUCCGCCACAGCAGAAGCCGCUCACCACCACCAUCAUCAUCCCCAGUCUCUAGGGAUUGGACUACUGGGGAUUGGUGGUGGUUUAACUGGUGCGGCGAGAGACCAACAACAACUGUACUCGCCGCACCAGUUUUUCCCUAACCAUCACCAAACUGGUGUUGGUUUAGGGAUAAAUACUUUAAGAGGGUUUGAUAUGGCGGCUGGUGGUAGUGGUAAUAACCAUGGCUAUGACACUGGACUUCUUGCUAUGAAUAUGAAUGUAUCUGCUGCUGCUGGUAUAGGCCAGCUAACUCAGCUUCAUCAACAGCCUACUGCUAGGGCUGCCGGAGGGGAUGACCGCCGGAGUAUUGAUCCGUCUUAAUCUACAUAAACAUUUUCUCCAUUUUCAUGUCAUGGCUCCUUGCAAACCCUACCACAGUAAGAGAUUCAGGAUAGUGUGCAGUGGAUGUUUUGCUACAAAUACAUAUAAGGUUUGUACAACUUGGAAAACCUAGGAGAAUUCAAUAUCUUGAGAUGAGAGAUUGAAAAACCUAGCAACAUAAAACUAAAGCGAGACAAAAGAAAGAGGAAGUUGUCCUCAUAUAUCUUAAUUAUUAACAUCUUUACAUCAAAUUUUUUUGCCAUAUAUGUGUAUCUAUUAUCUGUUUAAGAAUUCGAAAUUAUGUCAUAUGUUAUGGGACAAAUACAUGUGUUCUAGUGUAUUAGUCUUGUCAUUUUGCCCACAAUUUCUUCAUGGUCCUCUUUAAUUAAUUGUCUCACCCACAAUUGGAGCUGUGUUUUUUAUAGGAAUUCUCUAUUUAGUAUAGCUAGCAAGAUAGGUUAAAGCUUGAAAAGAUCAACAAUCAAUAUAUUGUCUGAUUUUUUGAA